CUAUUUAGCCGUCUGCGCGUGCAGGCAUCACCCUCAUCGUGAGUGCUGUAUUUGUAACAUUUCCUCAUAUAUCAUCUGAUUUUGAUUCAGCAUUAUGCCCGCAAAAAAAGCACCAAAGGAUACAAAGGACACUCAGGCUGCAGCCAAGGGUGCGGGAGGUUUCUCCGCAUUUCAACUGCUCAUAUUUGUGAUCGCCACUUCAUCUAUGGCAAUGAAUUUUGCCAUGAUCUACGGAGUUAUUCCUUUACAAGGAUGCGAUGGUCCCCCUGGAAAAACCGGAGAACGAGGACCGGCUGGUCCCCAAGGAAUGCCUGGAGAAGCGGGUGUCCCAGGCAAAAUAGGUGAGAAAGGUGCCCAAGGGGAUCCAGGAGAGAAAGGUGACAAAGGAGACCCUGGGGAACAAGGCUUCAAGGGGGAUACUGGACCCAAGGGGGAUGAAGGACCCCAGGGGGAUAGAGGGAUGCAAGGUGCACGUGGUCUAACAGGUGAAAGGGGUCCAAGGGGACUUGCAGGCGAGAAAGGAGAGACAGGAGCCCCUGGUGAAAAGGGACCCCAGGGUGAAAAAGGUCCCAAAGGGGAUGUUGGAGACAAAGGUCCAACUGGUCAGACUGGCCCAGCAGGUCCUGCAGGUCCACAAGGGGAGAGGGGUAACACAGGUGCAGAAGGGCCACAGGGUCCCCAAGGGCCUUCAGGAGAGAGGGGACUGGAUGGAUUAAAUGGAGAACCUGGAGCUCAAGGCCCUCCAGGACCUCAGGGUCCCCAAGGAGAACAAGGACCUCAAGGGGAAAGAGGCCCCCAAGGGGAACAAGGUGUGGCCGGUCCCCCAGGGGAGUUGCCUGUACCACCUGAUCAAACAGGAACACAAUGAUGUAGUGACAAUUUCUUUAAAAUUAAUGAUAAAAUUUUGAAUACAUCCACUGAUCAACUUCAGUUGAGAUUCUUUGCUUCUUUUUAAUACUGGCACACAUGAAUGAGCCACAUAAAUAUCUGAAACUCAUUCAUAUCUACCUUGACAGUCUCUUUUUUUUUCUCUUCUUUUUGUCUCAAUCUUUGCUGUUUUUUCCCUUUAUUUUGUUUAUUUCUUGGUAACAGGUGUGUGGAGCAUUUUUUUUAUGAUAGCAAAGUGCAAUACAUAUUGUUAGACUGAAUUUGAAAUUUUUUUUAGUAUGAGACUAGUUUAAGUCUAGAGUCAAAAAGCAUGUAAAUGGUUUUGGGAAGCAUUUCGUGCAGAACAUACAGCAAAAUUUUUAGGCAGUCUUGGUGCAAGAAUUCAAGACUUGCUGGAAAGCAACAUGUUGAUGCUUUUGUGAUGAGCUCAAUAUUUAAAUACAGUUUAAGUUAUAGAGUGUUUUUGUCAAGCGCUUUUAUCAAGAUGAUGAUGGUGGAAAGAAGGCUUAGAUACAAAUAUUUCUAUUUUUCUUGAACUUUACUAAAAUUAAAGUAAUUCAGCCUUUUCCACCAAUCACAUUACCAUUCCUAGACUAAUUAGACUCCAUUUUGUAUGAAAUUUUCGAACUUUUUGCCAGACGUACUUCUUAGCUAGAAAUACAGGUUGUUAAUUUUCUUUAAUGAAAAUAAACUUGUAAUGUUUCAAAUGUGCUUUGGUAGUUUGUCUCUCAGUAUGAAGUCUCGCGUGAAU